AUGAAACCUGGCACAGCCCUCGGACCUGAUUUAAUAUUAGCAGACUUUCUUCGGGCUGGUGGCCAUCCACUUCAUGUAAUCUUAGCAGCGCACAUGGCAUCCCACCCUCAGAAAGAAAGGAUCCCAGACCAGUGGAAGACCACGCGAACCGUUCUUAUCCAUAAGAAAGGGGUUCAGCUGCUUGUACCACAACCAGACCCUGUCGAGGGUCAUAGAGGUUUGUUAGGGAUACCGCCUGCCCUUGUUCUAACCUUUGUCGACCAUGAGAAAGCCUUCGACAGCGUAGAAACGAAUGCAAUACUGUCAGCGCUGGUCGAUCAUGUGGAUAAUCGGAUCACUCUCCUGGGAAGAAAGGCGCAUACGUGUUUAUGGAAGAUUUCUCUCGAACCUAUGUUUCGCGGACGACAUCGUUCUCUUCUCGAGCAGUACAAAGAAGCAGAAACGAUGCUCAACGAAUUGAACGAAGCAGGCAAAAGAAUAGGACAGCGAAUAAACAGAAAGACGACACAGUUUGUAAAGAACGCCUACUGCGAUGACGGUGGAGUACAACUUGAAGGCUACCAAAUCGCGAAAACUUCGUCAUGCGUAUACCUCGGACGUUCUAUGGAAAUUGAAAACGACUUGAAGGAAGGACUGAAUAGAAGAAUGAGAGCAGCAUGGGCAACAUUCGCAGCCGUCAGGGAAGCUACGGAGCAAAAUCUUCGUGCCCAUCUGUUCGACUCAACAGUUCUUCUAGCGCUCUGUUACGCAACGGAGACGCGGUCGGACACCGCUGCCACGUCUAAGAAGCUACUUACUACCCACAGAGCCCUUGAGAGAUGCCUUCUGAAGUUUAACCGGCGCACACAACACCUGGCCGGUCUUCGCAGCUCCGACUUAAGAGGAAUGUCCCGUCUUCGCGACCCAGCGGAAUAUGUUUCGAAAGCAAAACAUAGAUGGGCCAGUCACAUCGUGAAAAGAAUCGACGGUAGGGAGACCGCCAACGAGAUGGAGCGACGUGUUCGCUAUCCGGAUAUACCAGCUAAGAGCUCAGCUGGAUUCGGCUUAAUAAACUCGUCAACGUCACCAACGAAACUUGAGAACAUCUUGGAUGACAAUUACGAGGGAACGAAACGAGUGGAAGAGAUGCUGGGGCUCGCAGAGAAGACCGGUCAUCUAAGUAUCUAA